AUGUCAUCUUUGUUUGUUGGUGAUGAAGAUGGAGAAGAAUAUACACUGCAUGAUAGAGAUGACUCCAUAAUUUUAGAGAACCCAAUAGAGAGUGAAAAGGAAAUCAAAGAUGAUUCAAAUCUGGAGCCGUCAAUUCCAAUAAACUAUGAAGAUUCCAAUACUACAAUAUACCAGACACGAGAAAUAUGUUGUUCGUUGCCAUUGAGGUUUCAUCAAGAAAUAGUGGAGGAUAUGCUAUCCAAAGAUGGACUUUUGAUUCUAGGUAGAGGUUUAGGAUGGGAGCUUGUUACGGCAAAUUUAUUGCAUGCAUUGAGUGCACCUACUGUAAUUCUUCAGAGUAAUGGAAAGGAAAAAAAGACAAAGAAGAGCUUGUUGAUAUUGCUUAACUCAAGAGAAGAGGAAAUAUUUAAAUUGAGUGAAGAUUUAACAGAACUUCGUUGGAUUGAUAAAAGAAACGAAGAUACAAACGAGUCUGGGUUCGAUCAUCCUCCAUUGAUAACUAUUGGUGGAGACUCAAUGACAGUAGAUAAACGUAAAAGAGUUUAUGAAAACGGAGGUAUUGUUUCCGUUACGUCAAGGAUAUUGGUUGUAGAUUUACUAUCUGGGGUGGUACAGCCGAAUGAUAUAACUGGUUUAUUCAUACUACACGCUGAGAAGGUGAAGGAAACAUCGAACGAGUCUUUUAUUAUUAAUUUGUAUCGUGAUGUUAAUGACUGGGGUUUUGUUAAGGCAGUUUCUGAUGAACCUGAGUCCUUUACGGGAUUUACACCAUUGGCAACAAAGCUCAAGGUUUUACGUUUAUCGAACGUAUUUUUAUGGCCAAGGUUUCAUGUUGAGGUGUCGUCAUCGUUAAACUUUAGAGGAAAAAAUCUACCUAAUCGGCAAAAGCAAGAGUUGGAACGCAGACGAUUUGUUACAGAAAUUAACACUAAACUAUCAUAUAAAAUGAAUAAGAUUCAAUCAGCAAUAUUAUCAUGUAUUCAAGCAUGUUUACUGGAAUUAAAGAGACAUAACCCACUGUUGGUCACAGAAUACUGGGAUAUGGAAAAUAUACAUGACUCUGAUUUUGUUCCUCGUAUAAGACUUUCGUUAGAUUCUCAGUGGCAUCGUAUAUCAUGGACUUCAAAACAGUUAGUUUACGAUUUGACUACAUUGAAAGAUUUACUAAAGUAUUUGUUAAUUUUGGAUUCCUUAAGCUUUUAUCAGGUUGUUCAAGAAAUUAUUGAUCUGAAUAUUAAGACCACAGGUAAUGAUUCCAUGAAUGUUGCAAGUAUGAGUCCAUGGUUGAAUUUAGAUGAGGCCAAUACGAUUAUAUCAUAUGCCAAAGAACGAGCAUUAGGAAAGAUUAUAGUUUCCAAAUCUAGGAUAACGAUAGGGGAUGAAAAUGAAGAAGAAGGAGGUAACGAGAUGGCUGAAAAUACACAAGAAUCAGAAAUACAGACAGAAGAAUAUAAUUUAGAAGAGCUACCAAAAUGGGACCAACUUGGAAUUUUACUCGACGAUAUAAUGUAUGAAAAAUCUCAGAAUACAGCUAACCAUGGCCCAAUUGUAAUUAUGUGUUCUGAUUCUAAAACUGCAAAACAGUUGAGUUAUUUGAUAUCAAAUAUGAAGGAUAUUACUAAUACAGAUUCAAGGAGAAAAAGAUUUAGUGGAAGGAAAUUUAUGGUCAACAAGCUAAAUGAUUAUCUCGAAUGGAAGGAGUUCACUUCAUUAACAAGAAAGCUUAAUUCUGAGCUUGAUAUGAAGAAGCAAGAGGAGAUCUCAGAAGUUAAUGAGCCCGAAAGAGCAGCUACUCCCGAGGAAGAGUUACAAACUUCCAAAACAUUCUCUAGAGGGAAGGGCCAUCCAUUAAGUAAGAGAAGACGAACCAGAGGCGCAUCGGCUGUAGCAAAUGUUGGUAGGUUAUAUUCGGGGUCUAAUAAAGGACGUACAAAUGAGGCUGUUGAACUUGACGCUGCUAUCGUAAAUAAGCUUAAAGAAGAGAUAAAUGAAAAACAGCUUGAUGAAAACCCUGGAAGUGGUAAUAAUUCUGACGACAACGCAGGAGGAUUUUUAGUCGAUGAGGAUCAAGGUCAGGUAGUAGAUAUUCAAGACGUAGACUAUUUUAAUGAGGUGUGUGAAUAUAGAACCAGUGAAAUCAUUUUUGAGAAUAUUGAUAAGGACGAUCAAAUAAUCAUUGAAACGUAUAAUGAUAAGACCAAUGAUUCAUUACUCCAGGAAGUUUCACCAGCAUAUAUUAUCAUGUAUGAACCGAAUUUAUCAUUUAUUAGACGUGUUGAAAUAUAUCAAGCAGUGAAUAAGGAAUAUCCUGCUAAGACUUAUUUUAUGUACUAUGGUACUUCUGUUGAAGAGCAAAAACACUUAAUGAGGAUUAAGAAAGAGAAAGAUGCAUUCACCAAAUUAAUUCGGGAAAAGGCAACAUUGGGUAAGCAUUUCGAAUCUGCCCAAGACAACAACAAGUUUCAAUUAAAUAGGAACAAGGUUGUUAAUACCAGAAUUGCUGGAGGUGCAAGAUUUAGAAUGGAGGAAGAUGAAAUGAGAGUAGUUGUUGACGUUAGAGAGUUCCGUUCGUCACUUCCGAAUUUAUUAUAUCGAGUUGGCAUAAAGGUCGUUCCGUGUAUGAUAACAGUCGGUGAUUACAUUGUUUCUCCUAAGAUUUGCAUUGAAAGAAAGGCCAUUCCGGAUUUAAUAUCGAGUUUUAAGAGCGGUAGGUUAUACAGCCAAUGUGAACAGAUGUUCCGCCAUUAUGAAUUGCCUACUUUACUUAUUGAAUUCGACGAGAGUAAAUCUUUCUCGUUCGAGCCUUUUUCUGAUUUAAGAAACUACAAGGUCAAUGCUACAAAUCCAAUUGCAACAAAGUUGCAACAACAGGACAUUCAAUCAAAGUUAAUCAUGUUGUUAAUUUCGUUUCCAAAGCUAAAAAUCAUUUGGUCUUCUUCACCAUACGAGACGGCGCAAAUUUUCUUAGAGUUGAAGGCUAACCAGGAGGAACCUGAUAUUAGUGCUGCUGUCGCUAAAGGUGUUAAUCAAUCGAUAAAAAUUAGUAGUGGUGAACCUCCCCUCUACAACGAUAAUGCGAUCGAUUUGAUUCAGAAUAUUCCUGGAAUCAACAAUAUUAAUUAUUACAAAGUUAUUGAAAAAGUUCAAUCGAUUGAAGAAUUGGUCAAGCUAUCUGAAGAUGAGUUUACAGAUUUAAUAGGGAUAGAGAAUGGUAAGAAGGCCUACAAAUUCAUCCAUCGUUCGGUAAAGUAA